AUGAAUAUUGAAUUUGAUAUUGAUUUAAAACCAAAAAUUUAUUGCAAAUCAUCAUUUUUUGAUGAAGAUAUUAAUAAAUAUAUCGAACUUAUACAUAGCAAUUACUUUUAUGAAUAUGUUAUUGAAGAUUAUGCCUUUUGGGUUCCAAUUGGUUUUGUCCACGACGAUGAAACAUUUAUUUACACUCAUACUGCAUUUGACUUAUAUGAAUAUAACAACUUUUUGAUAAAUUGUAAUGCAACGGCCUCAAAUCCUAUUCGAAUCCAAGAAAAUAACAAUAUUACUUUCUCUUACAGCGCAAAAUGGACAUCGUCAUAUAAAAGAUCUCAAAAUGAAUUUCCAGCACCAUUAAAAUACAAUGUGAAAUCAAAAUUAAUUUUUGGAAUAAUUUCUCUAGUUUUAGCUUUAUUUGGACUUUUAGCGAAUGUUUUCUACUUGAGGAGUAAGUAUAGAAUAAAAAGUGAAAAGCAGAACCAAGACAGCUUAUUUGAGCCAGAAGAAGACGACGGAUUUGCAAGUAUGGUUUGUAGAGAGGCUUCUUCCAGUCCAAAGAACAAUGCAAUAUUAUCUGCUAUAUCAGGCAAUGGAAUCCAUGUUUUAUUGUCGACUAUUGUGUUUUCAUUUGUUUCAUUCACUGAUAAGUUUUAUUCAAAUGGAAUUCCUGUGUUCUUCACAUUUAUUGGAUCACUAAUAGCUCUAUCUCAUUUUUCUGGAUUCUGUAGUAUCUUUAUUUCUGCUAUUUUUGAUAAUAGAGAUUGGAAAUUUAUUUCUACCCUUCAUAUUAUAUUUGGAUCCAUUGUAUCGUUUGUAACAGUCGUUAUAUACAAUUUCCCUGCGCUUUUCCAAAAAGAAAUGUCUUCAAAUUCACUUUUUUCAAUUCCGAUUUUAUUUGAGUUAUUACUUGUAUUUUAUACGCCACUAACAAUGUUUGGAGCAUAUCUAUGCUCAAUUCUUUAUCCAUUCAGAAUGAUAAACACUCCAAACCAAAGUAAAAUUAAUUUGUCCAAAGAAGACCCAAUGCUACUUCAAAGUUACUUCAUUGCUACUAUUGUUACAGUAGUUGUAUAUAUAUUAUUGAAAAAAGAGUUCAAAAUGUUUUGUUUAGCUUAUUCUGAAAAUCAAUUCUCCAGUUUCUUUAAAUUGUUGGCAAUUUACGUAGCAAUGUUCUUCUCUGUUAUGACUCUUAUUGGAAGUUUUUCAAUCCCUCUUCUUUUCCAUAAUAAUUGCUUCAAAUGGCACUGGAGAGUUGCAAUUUUAGGUAUAAUACCAGGAAUGGUGUUCUUAAUUAUGUCAUCUUCAACAGUUUUUUCCAACGAUUUUAUCACGAAAUCUCAAAAAACUUGUUUUAUUGCAUUAUUAUUUGCUGCUUCAUGCGGAAUUUCAGUAUCUGGUUCUGCAAUAUCAUUUUUAUCUGCUUUGUUAACAGUUAGAUUAACUUUUCCUCUUGGAAAAGUCGAAUAA